CGGUUCCUCACCAGCAUGGGAUGCAGAUGGCUAGGCUCUUGCCUCCAGUUCACCAGCCCAUGAUCAAUCCUAUGCUUUGAUCCGUGCCGAAUCUCCCCAAUCCCAGUGUUUCCAGUGUUUGUAUCGCCCAUUCUCCAAUUGGACGCGUGCUGGGAACCACCGUUUCUCUGUGUUAUACCCCCUCAAACAACUCCACUAGUACAGCUCUACAGGAACUUUCGACAGGCAAAUAUGCAGCUCCUCAAGACACUUUUCAUCGCCGCCGCGCUCUGCGUGGCCACAGCUAACGCCGGUAACGCGCACCAGCAGGAGCAGGAGCAGGAGGAGCAGAACGGCCAUCAGUAUCAGGUCGACAGCGACUCGGACUCGAAGUCUGGUUCUUCCACGCCCUCGCCCGUCCAGAAGGGCUUUGACGUACACCAGGUUAAAUUCACGACUAGUGACCUAGAGCAAGAGGAUGAUGAGGAGUCCUCGACGGAUUACACGGGACUCUACGUGGCUCUUUGCGCCUGUGGCUGCAUCGGUGUGUUGGCCGUCGCGUACCUUAAGCGACGGAAGGAGGACGACAAACUGCCGGGCGAGAUCUUCACUAUCGACGAUAAGAACUCGGUGCUGUAAGCGUGUUGGGGCCUCGAGGUGCUCUUGUACAACCACGCGCAGAGGCCAUGUCUUAUUACGUUGGUAGCAUUAAUUGACAAUUUGAAAGUGUGUGUGAACGAAACACGACUUGGGUAUUGUACGCUGCGAUGAUUAGCGUUGCGAGUGGGCAGAGAUGGAUGUUCGUUAGUUGAGAAACUCGUUGCUAAAUCGAAAAUCAUAGCGAUGUUACUAGCAUGUUGCGGUGAAGCUAACGUACACAACUGAAUGAAGUUUGUUUUGUG